CGGCCGCUCCAAACAGCAUUAUUCUAAUACUGAAGAUAAAUCGAAACGUUUUUUUUUGCCGCUUAGUGAUUCAAUAAACAAGAAUUGGCAAAAAUUCGUAAAAGAAUCAUCAUUCACCGGGUCGGUAUACUGUGCAGUAAAUUCGAACAAAAACGAGACGAUGUCUGAAGGAACGCCCGAUGACCUAUGGACCCCAUGCAAACAUCUGAACAAGGUGGUCGAUUCGUUUUUAAGCGGCAAAGCAACAGAAAUUUCCACUCUUGAGUUGACGUUACGAAAGUUCAAACAAAACUUCAUCAAUCUACUGAAGAACUCGCCAAAAAAUGCAAAAAGCCGCGAAGAAAUUAGACAAGGCAGCAAGGAUGGAGUCAAUAUUCCCGGUAUUGGUCACACGAUACUGUCCAAAGAUUUGGUGGACGAAAGUUUCAUCAUCUCGGACAUGUACAAUUUGAACGAAUUCAUGGCACUGGAAUUACUGUGCACGGCUCAACAGCAAAUUCCCCAUCAUCCCGGAUUGCCGCGCGGAUUGGUCGCAAUACUGCUCUACUACGAUGGCCGAAAGAUUCUGGUGUCGUCACUGAAGGAAUUGUGUCAGGCACGCGAAGGAAUUUCGUGGUGCGUUGAGCUGUCAUCGGAAGUGACGAGACUGGUCACAAGUUAUACGGAUUCAUUGGUGGCCGACGGACUACUGAAUCGCAUCGUCGAUUUACUGGACACUUUGGAUAUCACCAAAGAAAUGGAAAUAUUGAGCGAAAAUCGGGCGCUCGGUUCGCCGAAACACCAUCGUCAAGUGAUCAGUUUAUUCGAGGAAAUUCGUCUGCAAUUGGCCUCGACGCUGUUCUGUUGGUCGGCCCAAUGUGGAUUGAAGAAAGACACCACCAUCAAAUUGAUCAACUACCUGGCCAAAUAUAAGCCGAACGAUGCCAGAGGUGGUAUCGAUGACGUCACAUUGGCCGCUUUAAUGGCUCUGUUAUAUGCAUUCGAUCUGAGUGUGUUUCAACGACGUGAGGAUGGCGAAGAGGCCGUUAAGCGAUUGCCGAUCGUUAGUGAAAGUGGAUUCGCACAGGGUGUUCUGGAUGCACUGUAUUCGAACUGGGAAUGCGAGGAAUUGCGAUCGAUUGCAUUAUAUGCAUUUGGACUGGCAAUGGCAACAUUCCGGCAAGCACCGCAAUCACUCCAACAGAAUGUCAUGAGUAUUAUUGACCAGGACGAAGCGCUCGUCGAGUCAGCUAUUCAAGGGAAAUUGUUCGAUUUCAUCUAUCAUGUGCUGCUGGAGAAUGAAAGUCUGUACAAAACCGAAUUCUACUUCCGACGACUACAUGUUCUGCUAACCGAUUUCAUUGAGCUGAUGCACUCAAAGGUAACCGAUCUUCGGGCUAGAGCCGACGAAACAGCUCGUACAAUCCAGCUACACGCUCAACAAGGACUCGAUCCGCCACCAAAUCUUUGCAUGAACUUCGAAACACUGCUGCUAAUUGUCGGCAAACUGUACAGCAGCGAUCAACUCAAUCUCAACCUUGAUCUCGAGUACUGGGGACCAAUGGAAAUAGCCAACAACUACCAACGAACGUCGACCCGAUCCGUGUCACUGUUCAAAUUCAUUCGAUUGGCCGGUGAAUUGCUUCCGCCCAAUCUCUUUGUGCCGUACAUCAAAAUGUUGGCCGGAUUGUCCAGUUGCCAGCAGUCGGCCAGAAACACUUUCAAUUUACUGAAACAAGGUCCCGGUGUGUCGGGCAGUACAACGCUGUCGUGGGACCAUUUCUUCGAGUCGCUAAACCGUUACUAUCUCACGUUGCGACAGGAGCAACAUCCCACAACCGAUACGGUAUAUCGAGUUCUGAAUCGAAGCAUUAGUCCACAAGAAAUUGCCGGCCUGCAGGCAGUUUUAGCAGUUGUUCGAGCUGUUGCCAAACACGAUGAAGUGGCUCGCAUCGCCCUGUGUGAACAUUCGAGUUGGCAGCCGUUGACCAUAUUUUUGGGAUUGAUCGGUUGUUCGGUUGUUAUUCCCCUGAAAACGGAACUUCUGCUCACGCUGGCUGCACUAGGAAAGAGUAAAGACACCGCCAUGCAAUUAUGGAUUAACUUAGAAGCCAAACAAAUCAUAACAACGAUACCAUCAACGACAGAGUUCGCUGUUCGAGGUAUAGAAAGCGAAAUCGAGCAAAUUGAGAGUCGUAAUGGCACGUAUCCUUUGACGCAAGCCCUACUGGAAUUUCUGUACACCAUAUCGACUACGGCUGUACCGAAAAAUCUCGGAGCUGGGACCAGAAAGCCAGGAUUAGAUCCAUACCUGACGUUUGUGGUGGAAACGGUUUUUCUACGAUUUUAUAACAGAAACUACAAGAACGAGCUCGAAAAAUGGGAAGUGGCCGAAAAGUGUCUCAAAAUAUUGGAAUUUUACGCUCAAAUGUACGAAGUGAAUCCGGCUGAUUUCCCAGUCAAUGGCAUAGUUAAAGAGGAAAAUCCACCGCCAGGUUUUCAUAUUUUGCUGCAGAUGAACAUCAACGACAAGUCAGAGCUGCUUAGAUUAAUUCUACACAUCAUCGACGAGGCAUGCGUUCGUCUCGAUAACUACGCUCCAUUCCCCGGCAAAGCGAAACUCGAAAAGUGCACACUGUACUGUCUCAGCAUCAUCGAAAAAGCACUUGCCACACAAGCAUUAUUUUUCGACGCUCAUUUCGCUGCCAAUUGUUCCAUCCUGAUGUCCGGAACGAAUAAGCUCCUACUCGGCGUGAAUCCACGCAGCGGAAAACCCGACAACAUGCUCAACAUCACUAAAUUCGUCACGUACAACACAUGGCUGCCACACCAGGCCCUCUUAGCGGUCAAAAUUCUUACGUUCAUUGCUCGUCAACCGAACGUGAGUACGCUGCUGCUCGGCGAAUUUACGCGCACGACCAAAUUGGCGAACGAGAUUCGUCACGGUUUCGUUGAGUGUUUGGAGGCGGAUAUAACCGUAGUGGACAAUUCGGAUCCAGAUCAUCGGGACAACGUACACCUAACGCUCAAGGAUACGAUCAUCAAUUUGCUGGAAGAAUGUCUACCGCAAUCUGCGCCAAAUAUAGCUCAUUACCUGUUCGGAUUCGAUAUAUCGAAGGAUAUCCGGGCGACCAGACUGCAGCAGCCGGGCGUUUUAGAUUUUCCAAGCAAUUGUAUCAAAUCAUUGGUCACGAUUCUGGAUGAAGCGCUUGAGAAUCGAAAGUCUGGUUUCGACAUGGCAUCGACUUAUUCGCGACUCAUACAGAAUGCCUAUCACCUGUUGCAUUCGCUGUGCUACAACUCAAAGACGUCGGACGUGGUUUUGCGUUUCCUUCGAUCGUGCAACGACUUCUUUUGCCGGCACAUUGCAGCUAUGCCAUUUAGGAGCACCGAGAACGGUUACGCCUUAAACCAAAUGACUGGACUUCUGAAGAGUUUAGCAAUUGAAUUGAAAAUCACCGCCAACAACUGUCAAGUUACCCAAUUCACCAACAUGAGCAAAUUACUGUUGGGCGUCGUGCAAGAUUCGUGUCAAGACGGCAAACCGGCCAAUGAUAUGGCACAAUACCAUUCCAUAGCCAAUAAUUCCACUCAAUACGGCGACAAUUCGUCCAUAUUUUUGUCCAACAACAAUACCAACCGCAACGAACAGAGUGCCGGCUUACUCAUCUGCAAGCUGCUGGAACGCUGCGACUUUGAAGUGAAAUUCGUCGAUCAACCGAAAUGGGAUUUCUUUGACAAUUCGCGAAUCGCACAACUGUUGCAGAGCUGCGAGUUUAGCACCGGUUCCGGACCGAAGCUGAUCAAUAUAAAGAAAUUGCACGAAAUUUUACGCGAUGAAUUGAGCACCGUUCCGACCACAAUUGCGUCCGGUCAACGGCAAUUGAUUUUACAGGAAAUCGAGGCGAUGAUGAAGUAUGCGCUCAGUGUGAAUGAACAGAAAAACUUGAGCGCAGCGUCGAGUAACUUUCUGGAAGCUUGGGGAAUGGUAAUCGAAACGCUGUUCAUCGUGGCACCGGCAUUCAUCUUAUCGUACGAGGUGCAACGUGGACUGAUUUUGGAAAUUCUUCAAGUUUUGCUCAACAAAAUCGUUCCGCUUCAAAUCAUGCCCGAACUGUCGAAUCUGGCAUCAGCUUCCGUACUGCAAUUACUUGUCAUCUUGCGACACUGUUACACUCAACUGAACAGUGGCACCGACUUUGCCAAUUCAUCGGAACCAAUCAGUGGAAUCUCCUUUUCGCUGCUGGGUAGCAAUCAUUUGUUGGGACAAUUUGCGCAGACCAGCUAUUCAGCGAAAACCAAUUCGCUGAGCUUGAAAUACAUUCUGAAAAACAUUGUCGAAUGGAUACUGAUCAGUGGAGUGUCGUCGCAAAAGUUAAAAGUGAAUCUGUACGCUGCCUUACUGAAUUUCAUGCAGAUCAUCAAACUGAAGCAAAGGAAAAGUGAUUCUGAAGUGUGCGGAGAGGACUAUGUGUCCCGGCUAGACAAAUCCAUUUCCAAGGCAACUGCCCAUUCCGAUUACGAAGACAAUGUUAAUGACAGUCAAAUGGCUGCUGAGGUGUUCGCAUCCGUCGGCGACAAGAUCAUCGACAUCCUUUGUCAUGAUUGCACAACUGGUCAUGAUGUUUGUAAAAUGUUGGCCCUGUCGUGCAUCGACAUUCUGCUGGAAAUGGACAUGAUGGUCAAUUACAUUCAAUUCAUUUCGCGGCGCGGCUAUCUCGCCCAUUUGGUGGACAGUUUGAUGAAAACGGAUAAUCAACUGUGUCGCAUACUGGAAACGAUGCCCGACAACAUGAAAGCGUUGUACGUGUACGAAUCAAAGAUGGCUAUACUGGGACGGGUGGCAAGUGUUCAUAUCGGUGCCGAACUACUACUCGAGCACAAAACGUUGAAUGUACUGUCAUCGAUGAAAGUCUACGACAUGCAUCCCGAUUUCCAGGUCAACCAGUAUCAGAUCGACAACAGUUCAUCGUUCAUUCCACCCGUUGAGAUACGUUACCAGCAAAUUCUAUUGGCCGCUCUGAAUAUAUGCGAUGUUGUGCUGUCCACACUGGGCCCGGAAAAUCAGUCAGCCAUCACCCAAGUGCUUCAUUUCCUCUAUUCGCACGGCGACAUGAUCGAAAUCGUGCUCCGGACAGGGACACCGUUCCUAAAUGUCUGUUUGUUGCAAGAAUUGUCAGCAAUUACUGGGCUUAUUGCACGGACGGCCAAUCAGGAAAUGUUACUGGCUGAAUCGAACACUCCGCAUCAGGAGCUGGGCGCCUAUUUGUAUCGUUUGCAGAAGUUGAUGAUGAGCUUGUUCCCAAGGUUUAUACUGUCCGAGGCGUCGUUUAAGGAAAUUAAUAAGGCGGACAGCACGAUAUAUCAAACAGCCGACAGCGACCGAUCGCAGAACAUCAAAUAUUUCCUGCAAAUCGCUUCGAAUUUGGCUUUGUACGCCAGGAAUGCAAUAGCUAAUCACAGUGCCGAUCAUCGGACGACAGGCAUUUUAUUUUCGCCUAGCGUGAACGAAGGACUGCAAAGAAACGAAACGCAAUCCGGAUCCCUAGAAAUAUUGCCAAGCAUCGGAAUUGUUGUCAAUCAACUGAAAGCGUCCGUUGAGUAUUUCAAUCGAGUGAAACAGAGCUACGACGCAUUGGUACAACAGAGAAAUUCAUUGCCGACGCUAUGUCUAGAUUCGAAAAAUCAAUCACAAUACGACCGUAUCACCGAAAUGCUGUCCAACAAACGAACUGAACUGAAUUUGUGCAUCUUUCUCACCGAACACUGUCUGUAUCUGCUGUGGACACACUGCGACUUUUACAUGUUACGUGCCAUAUCGGUGAAUUCAAUCCAAAUGAAUUCCAUCGGCCGAAAAACGAUCAUCUCACCCAUCGAUGCCGGAUGGAAAAUCACGUCAGACGAUAUUGCCGUGCUGAGGAAGUCGUUGAUUCAGGUGUUUAAUGAAACGUUUUGCCAGCGAUUGGUAGCAAUGGAACAGAACGAUUCAGUUUCGUGCAAAGGAUUCGUGGAGGCAUUGCUGCGACGCAUCAAACGGCUGAUAACUUUUGUACCAGUUUGAAUUCUCAAUCACUUUUUGUAUGGUUAAUUUGCGAUGAUUUGUUUUGUUGUUCAAUUAAAAUGAAUCAAAUUCA